GAACCAUUUUCAUAGUCAUAUAGUUCGACAGGUCAUCGGCUCAAGCUGAAUAUGUCUGUGUCCAUAUCUAGACAUCCACGCGAUCAGAGAGACUUAAAAUACUGAAUCCAACAUUACUCUGAAAAAAGGUUCACUUGUAGUCAAGAAAACAUUGCUGAACAGAGUGGGGGCUGUGUAUAAAAGAUCACCGUGACUCGCUGUCCGAGAUCAUUUUACGUGUGUGUGCAUAGCGAGAGGCGACGAUUCUCCCGGUCAUUCUACGGUGAAACCGGUAAACAGUUUGACCUCGUGAAAAUUGCUCCCAAGUCGACCAUAACUGUCGACCGUCGGCUGUUCGAAUUCCCGUCGAUUCGUCAAACUUCAACGAAUUCACGAGGAGAUGCUGCGCCUAUUGCUGGUGGCAGCUCUCGUGACUCUGUCAUGGGGGUCACCGAUGCCCCAGGGCGCCAGUGAGUCCACGGCUGCCAAAGGGGCCGAAGUCUUGUUGACGAUUAUCAAAGGGUUCUUGAGCCGAGUUGACAAGCAGUACGCGGAAUGGAACAACAAACAAUCACUAGCUGAAUGGGAUUACGCGUCGAACUUGACUCAGGAGAACUUGGCGAAAAAGUUGAACGUGUCCGCGGAAGCAGCUCGCGUAUACAAGACGAUCUGGCAAAAAGUGAAUCAGUACCCAUGGAAGAACAUCAAAGACGAGACCAUCAAGAGACAAUUUUCGAAACUCAGCGUCCUGGGCGCUGCAGCUCUCCCCGAAGAUCUGUUCCAAGAAUACAAGAAAAGUAUAAGCGACAUGGAGAACAUCUAUAGCACUGCGAGAAUAUGCGAUUUCAAAAAUCGUAGCAAAUGCGAUUUAGCCCUCGAACCCGAACUGACGGAUCGUUUGAUGAAAAGUCGCGACCCUGAAGAACUGAAGUACAUUUGGACUGAAUGGAGGAAAGCAACGGGUGAAAAAAUGAAGUCGUUGUACAUAAGAUACGUCGAGUUGAGCAAUAUGGUUGCUGUAUUGAACAACUACACCGACAACGCAGCUUAUUGGAUGAAAGACUACGAAGCUGAUGACUUCCCUGAACAAAUUGAAACACUUUGGCAACAAUUGAAACCACUUUACUUACAACUGCACGCUUACGUCCGACGAGAACUUAGGAAGAAAUAUGGUGAAGAUAUUGUCUCGAAAGACGGUCCUAUCCCCGCUCACUUAUUAGGCAAUUUAUGGGCACAAAGUUGGGCUGGCAUAGCAGACUUCACAAUUCCAUAUCCAGGAAAGCAAUUACCAGACGCGACGAAUGCUAUGAUCGAACAAGGAUACAAUGCAACGACCAUCUUCCGCGUAGCCGAAGAUUUCUUCGUAUCUAUAAACCUUACCGCAAUGCCGGAUCUGUUCUGGGAACGAUCGAUUUUGGAAAAGCAGAAGGAUCGAGAGAUGAUUUGCCACGCCAGUGCAUGGGACUUCUACGAUGGCAAGGAUUUCAGAAUCAAGCAAUGCACAACAAUUAAUAUGCAAGAUUUGUUAACUGCACAUCACGAAAUGGGUCACAUUGAAUAUUAUUUGCAAUAUAAAGAUCAACCCACUGUCUUCAAAGAGAGUGCGAAUCCCGGAUUCACUGAAGCUAUCGGUGAUGUUAUAGCACUCAGCGCAUCGACUCCUAGUCACCUGAAAAGCAUCAAAUUGUUGAACGAUGAUGCAACUGAUCAAGAGGCCAUUAUCAAUAAUCUUUACCUAAAAGGAAUUGACAAAAUUGCGUUUCUGCCGUUCGCAUAUAUGAUGGAUAAAUGGCGCUGGAACGUAUUUCAAGGAGCAGUUACAGCAGAUAAUUAUAAUUGUAACUGGUGGGAUCUCAUCGAGAGUUUUCAAGGUAUCGAGUCACCGGUAGAUAGAUCAGAAGAUGAUUUUGAUCCUGGUGCGAAGUACCAUAUAAUAGCAGAUGUAGAGUACAUCAGGUAUUAUGUGAGUUUCAUCGUACAAUUCCAAUUCCACAAAGCUCUGUGCACAGCCGCGAAUCAGUACGAUCCACAGAAUCCAAACUCAAAGCCGUUGCAUCAAUGUAAUAUUUAUAACAACAAAGCAGCAGGAAAUUUGCUGAAAUCCAUAUUAGAACUGGGCUCUUCUAAACCUUGGCAAGAUGUGAUGGAAAAGCUAACAGGUCAAAGAAACAUGGAUACCGCGGGACUCUUGGAAUAUUUCAAACCACUAACAGAUUGGCUGACAGAGGAGAAUAAGAAAACAAACGAGUACAUUGGAUGGAAACCUAGAGCAAAACAAUGUGUACAAACUAGAUCAGAAUUAGUAGCGGUUGAUGAAACAAUCAAAAUCACAGAAACGACUGAAGCGAUGGAGUAGAAGUAUUUACGUUUUAAUGCUGUGACUUCGAGAAAGGCGUGUUUACACUUUCGUACAAAAGGUGCGAGGAGAAUCGAGUUACACUCUCUUAUUUUGGAUACGAUAAAUAACAAGAAUAUAUAAACGGUUCAAAUUCGACAAUAAAUACAUUCAUUUUAAGAUAUUAAAUUCAUUUCGUUUUGCUAAACAAUAAAAC